CUGAGAGGAUCUGGCAUGAUUGCUGGAGAAUCAUCCCUUGCUUAUGAAGAGAUCAUCACAAUUAACCUGGUGACCUGCCGUGCCAUUGGAAUUGGGGCUUAUGUUGUCCGGCUGGGACAAAGGACAAUCCAGGUGGAAAAUUCACAUAUAAUCUUGACCGGUGCUGGAGCACUCAAUAAAGUGCUUGGAAGAGAGGUGUAUACUUCUAAUAACCAGUUGGGUGGCAUCCAGAUCAUGCAUAACAAUGGAGUCACCCACAGCACUGUAUGUGAUGACUUUGAAGGUGUCUAUACCAUUCUGCUGUGGCUCUCCUACAUGCCAAAGAGUGUGUUCAGUCCAGUCCCGGUGCUCACUGUGAUGGACCCGAUCGACAGAACAAUUGAAUUCCUUCCCACCAAGGCCCCCUACGAUCCUCGCUGGAUGCUUGCUGGACGACCUCACCCAACUCAAAAGGGCCAGUGGCUAAGUGGCUUCUUUGAUUAUGGCUCCUUUUUGGAGAUUAUGCAACCCUGGGCUCAGACAGUUGUGGUUGGCAGAGCCAGGCUGGGUGGCAUACCACUAGGAGUGGUUGCUGUUGAAACGAGGACAGUGGAACUGAGCAUUCCUGCAGAUCCAGCAAAUCUAGACUCAGAAGCCAAGAUCAUUCAGCAAGCUGGCCAAGUGUGGUUUCCCGACUCUGCCUUCAAAACCGCAGAAGCUAUCAAGGAUUUUAAUCGGGAGGGACUUCCGCUGAUUGUCUUCGCCAACUGGAGAGGUUUCUCAGGUGGAAUGAAAGAUAUGUAUGACCAGGUGCUGAAGUUUGGGGCCUACAUUGUGGAUGGUCUGCGAGAAUAUAAGCAGCCAGUUCUUGUUUACAUCCCACCCCAAGCAGAACUCCGAGGAGGUUCCUGGGUGGUGAUUGACCCCACCAUUAAUCCUCGACAUAUGGAAUUGUACGCUGACCGGGACAGCAGAGGUGGUGUUUUGGAACCUGAAGGGACAGUGGAAAUCAAAUUCCGAAAAAAAGACUUAGUAAAAACCAUGAGGCGUGUGGAUCCCAUCUAUAUGGGGCUGGCAGAGCGACUUGGCACCCCGGAGUUAAACCCAGCUGAGCGGAAGGAUCUGGAGGCCAAGCUGAAGGAGCGGGAAGAAUUCCUAAUUCCCAUUUACCAUCAGGUAGCGGUGCAGUUUGCUGACUUGCACGACACGCCCGGCCGAAUGCAGGAGAAGGGUGUCAUUACCGAUGUGCUAGAAUGGAGGACCUCCCGUUCGUUCUUCUACUGGAGAAUACGGCGGCUUCUUCUGGAGAACUUGGUCAAGAAAAAGAUCCACGCUGCAAAUCCUGAACUCACCGACGGCCAGAUUCAGGCGAUGCUGAGACGCUGGUUUGUUGAAGUCGAAGGCACAGUUAAGGCCUACUUGUGGGACAACAACAAGGACCUGGUGGAGUGGCUGGAGAAACAGCUGGUGGAGGAAGAAGGGGUCCGCUCAGUGGUUGACGAGAACAUCAAAUACAUUUCCAGGGACUACAUACUCAAACAGAUACGAAGCUUGGUCCAGGCUAACCCAGAGAUAGCCAUGGAUUCCAUCGUCCACAUGACCCAGCACAUAUCGCCCACCCAGCGGGCCGAGAUCGUGCGCAUCCUCUCCACCAUGGACUCUCCCACCUCCACGUAA